CAGUCAUGCGACGGACGUGGUGGAGACGGUCGGCUGGAAGAAUAUGGUCGCGACCCAUCCGCACCUGCUGAACGAAGCGUACCGGGCACUGGCCACGCAACAGAUACCACCGAUCGGGCCCCCGCGCAAACGGGUGAAGAUGAGCUGAAAUAAAGCGUUGACAUCCGUAAAUGCCGUGAUGUCAACAACAUCGCCUCCAUCACCACCGUCGUCAUCAUCGUCAUCUACAUCAUCAACAUCGUCGUCGUUAUCAUCACCCAGCAGCGCCAACAGCGGCAGCAACAGUACCACGCCAAUACUACUAUCCCCCCGUUGUUCACCCUCCCAACCAACAGUUGCUCCUCCUCCUCCUCCGUCAGCUGUGUCGACCUUGUCCACGACCCCGUACGGAAGAUGUUCGUCGACCACUGCCUCCGCCCCUACUACCGCAACCACCUCUCCGUCUGCUCCGGCACUGGCCGCAGCUCUGCUGCUGACAUCACCUUCCGCGUCUUCGAGCCGCGCAUCCUCUAGCUCGCCAACGGCGGCUACUACAACCGGUUCGGCAUCACUGUUGAUCAAUCAUCUCACGAGCAGCAGCGGCAGCACCAAACAACAGCAGCAGCCAUCGUCGACAAAACCCUCGGCUAUGCCAGGCGAGGCAGUUGUUGGCAGUAAAAGGGAAUUACACCAGCCACCGUUGGUCGUAGUAGCAGCAGCAGCAGCGGCGGCAGGACCUCCUGCACCAUGCACCCAAAAGAAGGCAAAACACGCUGGUGUGUCGCCACCAGUAGCCGCCAGCAAUCGUAGCCCGACCGGUAGCCAGAAGGUUAUAUCGCCCAUCGUGAACGUGGUGGUUAAUGACAUUGCUGCCGGUUUGGCCAACGCAGUUGCGGCCGCAGUGGCAGACGCCGUGACGGUUGCUACGAUUGGACGGAACCUCAACAUGGCCACAGCUGGUGGUGGCGGCGGUACGUCCCGACACAAUCACAACAGCACGACGGGAACAGGCGGCAGCAGCAGCAGCACUCUCAACUCUUACUCGCAACUGCGCCAACAGCUCGAAAUGGGCACAUCGGCAGCGGAUGUCCUUGCCGUUACAGCCGGCGGUUGUCCGGCCAAAGGAGGUGUUGGCCCACAGCAGCAGCACAGUCACCUGAAGCAAUAUCUUAAUGCUGGUGGAGCUAGAGGCGGGGUAGGUGGCGCUGGGAUAAUGCUUACUGCUGGUGGAGGAGGUGCCGGCAACCUGCACCCUGGUGGUGCAGGCCAACAGCAGCAGCAGCAGCAGCAGCAUCAUCACCACCAUCACCAUCAUCACCAUCACGUACAUUCGCAGCAGCUGAGACGCCAGCCGAUCAUGAGUGGCGCCGGGUCGUCCAGUGGUGUUGGUGGUAAUAGUGGUGGUGGUGGUGGUGGUGGCGUAGUUGUAGCGACCUCUCACACGGGAGCUAUCCAUGAUAACAGCAGCGGCCGAAACAAUGCACGCGCUACUACCACGUCGAACACCAUCGAUGCCAACACAAAUCAUCAUCACCAUCACCGAUGGUAGAGCUAGUGUGAUGGAGCGAGAGGGCAAGAUAGAGAGAGAGAAAAAGAGAGAGGGAGAGGGGGGGGGAAGAGCGCGCUAAAGGAUUUUGCGUGUACAUGUGUGUGUGUGUGUGCUGCGUUGUGACAGACGGCUUAGUAGUGAAACGCAUACAUCAUCUGCAAAAACAAAGCGAUGAGAGAGAAAGAGAGAGAGAGAGAGAGAGAGAGAGAGAGAGAGAGAGAGAGAGAGAGAGAAAGGACACAGCAGCAUCCUUUCGAUGUUGGUUUUUUUUUUAUUGUGACCGCGUUUGUUGUCGGUGUGUGUUCGUGUAGCAUGGAGCAGUAGUAGUUGGCAUCGUAGUAGUAUUUGAUAAUAGAGGGAAAACACAUACACACACACACACACACACACACACGCAGAGCAACAGGUUUGGCAACGAAUUUGGCAUCUUUCUCUCUCUCUCUCGCUCGCGGACAGCUGGAACACAGCUGGAAGGAUUUUUCGUCAGGUGUGUGAUUGACCAAAGUAGGCACAUUGAACUGGUAAUUAGCAUGCUUCGAUCAAGUAAAGGUCAAAGCAAAGGAGAUGGCUGAAGAAGGACUUUUUUCAUGCUUACUUGAUGUGAUUGGUUUAGAAUUUAGCUGUCCAUUUAAAUUGCCACUGUUUUUUUUUGUUUUCUUACUGUUUAGUUGUUUUGCGAAUGCUCUCACGUUCUGAGCUGAUUCUCAUUCCAAUUUGCACGACACAACACAACACACACACACACACACACACGUGUAAAAUCCUUUCAUUUCAUCUCGGUACGAUCGAUCGAUCACCCGUGCGUUCCUUCCAGCCAAAAGCGGGGGGGGUGGGGGGUGGUUAUCCUUCUAAACCCGACCCCCUCCCUCCCCACCCUGUCUUUCUCGCCUCCCACCCCUCCGCACCCCCCUCUGCUCCUAGCGUUUCGUGGUUGCUGCUGUUUGUGGUGGUAGUGGUGGUGGUGAGCGACAGAAGAGUAACACACACACAGGGACAUUUAGUAUGCAUUAUUGCUCCUGCUUUCGUUGUUGUUUUAAAUCAUUUCAACACCCGGCGGGAGGGUGGGUUUAUAUUCUAUUUUGUCCACCGUUUGUGUCCACCGUCUCCUUUCCUGCCCCUUGAUGCGGGGUGCGUGCGCGCGCGAGGUUAAAAAUAAUUUAUGCAUUGUGAUAUUUUUUUUUGUCGUCUGUACACACGUGUUAGCUAAUAUUAAUAUAAUUAGUAAUAUUGACAAGUGAUGAAUAAGUGCGUGCGCGCGUGUGUAUGUGUGAGCACACGAUUAAAAAGGAAGCGAGCGAGCGAGCGAGAGAGAGAGGGAACAAAGAAGUGCGGGGGGAGUAGUGAAACAAAGCGAGUGUGUGUUGCUUGUUUGAGGUUGAUCAUAACCAUUGACGAUGAUGAUGAUGAUAAGAAGAAACAGAUGCAAGAAAACAAACAAACAAACAAAGAAGAUGGUAGAAAGUUUAGAUGUUGAUGGUUGCACGCGGAAUUAUCUUGCGGAUGUCAAAGCGCAGAGAGCGCGGUUACGGAGGACAAAGAAAAGGAUGCGAGAGAGAGAGAGAGAGAGGGAGAGAGAGGGAGUGUGUGAGAGUGAGGGAACAAAAACAAAAAAAAAAAGGAUGAGAGAAGAGGCCAAGUGUAAUCUAUUUUGCUGAUAAAGAAUAAUGCUAAUAAUAAUGAUAAUAACAAUAAUACUUGAUAAUAUGAAGAAGGAUGACCUGUUUAAAGGUGUAACGUUUCUGAAUGUGGGAAUAUCAUGAUUUUUUGGUGAAAUGAUGUGAGUGGUUAGCAGCACACGCGGUGGGGGGGGGGGGAGGGGGGAGGUGUGUCCGUCACUUUCUUUUCCCCCACCCUCUCAAACAUCUUCUCCGUGACCACCACCCACUCGUGUCGUGCGUGUGUACGUACUAUUUUUGUUUCUUUUUUUGGUAAAACUAUUGGAAUUUUUGGAAUUGUUGCAACAUGAUGUAUGUGUGUGUGUGUGCGCGCUCCGACCGGUUUUAAAAAUGCCCUCCCGGCGUGUCAUUUAGUCUAGCGGUAGGAAACACUCAUCGACAUGGACACAGCACAGCGUAAGGAUAGUGCAACCUUCCCUUGUUUGAUUUUUUUUAAUUAGCAAUCAAUAAAGUUGCUUUUUCUGUUGAUGUAGUAGUGUGUGUUUUAACGAGAGGAAACAUGUUUUUUUCAUACAAAACAAACACUGUGGGAUGAUGUACCUGUGAUGGUUUGCCACAGCUUAGAACACAUCCACAACCCGUUGCGAGCUCUGAUCUAUAGUAGGCCGAGAGCCUACUUGGUUUGGUUGCUACUGCUGCUACUACUACACGAUCCUUUUUCCUUUUGUUUGAACUGAAAGUUCAACAGCCCCAGAAAAGAAAGUGAGACAAAGCAACUUCAACAACUCUGGCUCGCUCUCUGUUGCACAUUCAUUUCUUCCGUGCGUUUUCGUGCUGUGUGCAUGCGUGUGUGUGUGUGUGUUGCGGCUCUUUUGAUCCUCUUAUUAUUAAUGUUUUCUGUUUUGUUCUCGUUCCGUUUCUUCAAUCGGAUUCUACCCACUAUUAUGGAUUAACAGUCUUCUCUUUUUUUUGUUUUGGUUUAGAAUUUAGUUGCUUUCAGUAGCGCAGCAGCAUAUAGUAUGUAGGUAGUAAGAGGAAGGGGGUUGUUGUUGAGUUGACGUCCUUAUCCCCCCCCCCCACAUGGAAACGGAAACGAAUUAAAAACACGUAAAGGGAGACAAGAAGAAGAAAAAGAAAGGCAACAAUAGCAGCAAGAGCAUGUGCGAAGCAAAAAUAAGUAAGGUAAUAUGAGUUAAGAGAGAGAGAGAGAGAGAGAGAGAGAAAGAGAGAGGAAAUGGAAAACAAACGUUUUUGUUUUGUUCGCUUACGGAUUGCAGUUUAUCAAGAGAAUACACACACACGCGAGCAAGUAAUUAAGUGAAAAAGAAUACAAAACCCGAUAUGUGCAUAUAUAUAUAAAUA